ACUCGCGCACAGACUACUGGGUAAGGCGGAAAAUGGCGGCGCCCACAGAAAAGGAACCCGCCUCGGGCUCGGAGAGCGAUCUUACCGACGAGGUGAGGAGAACAGCCGAGGAACUCAAGAACCAGGCAAACUCGUAUUUCAAAGACAAAGAUUAUGAGAAAGCAACAGAGUUCUACACCAGAGCGAUCGACCUUAACCCUUAUAAUGCUGCAUACUACGGCAACAGGAGCAUCGCUUAUCUACGCACAGAGUGCUUCGGAUACGCUCUGUCAGAUGCCUCCAAAGCACUGGAAGUCGACAGUUCUUACGUCAAGGGUUACUAUAGGAGAGCCUCUGCAAACAUGGCUAUUGGAAAGUUCAAGAUAGCACUGAAGGAUUUUGAAACAGUUGUGAAAGUUCGCCCUAAUGACAAGGAUGCCAAGGCCAAGUUUACAGAAUGUAACAAGAUCGUGAAGAGGCAGGCGUUUGAGCGGGCCAUCAGAGUGGAUGACGUGAAGAAGUGUGUGUCUGAAUCCAUCAACCUGGAGAGCAUGGAUAUUGAGGAUGACUACGGUGGUCCUGCAUUAGAAGAUGGGAAGGUGACAGUCAAGUUCAUGGAAGACCUGAUGGAGUGGUUCAAGGCACAGAAGAAACUGCACAGGAAAUAUGCAUACAAGAUCUUACUUGAUGUGAAAGAAAUUUUUGAGCAGCAACCUUCCCUGGUGGACAUCAAAAUAUCUGAUGGUUCCAAGUUCACAGUGUGUGGUGACAUCCAUGGCCAGUAUUAUGACCUUAUGAACAUCUUCAAACUGAAUGGAAACCCCAGUAAAGAAAAUCCAUAUUUAUUCAAUGGUGACUUUGUGGACAGAGGUUCCUUCUCAGUGGAGUGUAUACUGGUGCUGUUUGGAUGGAAACUCUUGAUACCAGAUAGCUUCUUCAUGGCCAGGGGUAACCAUGAGACAGAGACGAUGAACCAGAUGUAUGGCUUCGAGGGAGAGGUCAAGACGAAGUACUCUGCACAGAUGGCCGAGCUCUUCACUGAAGUCUACAACCUACUACCGCUCACACACUGUAUCAACAGCAAGAUCCUGUGUAUGCAUGGAGGGCUCUUCAGUAGAGAUGAUGUGACGCUGGACGAAAUCAAGAAGAUAGACAGGAAUAGACAACCUCCAGACUCAGGUGUGAUGUGUGAGCUGUUGUGGUCAGAUCCUCAAAUCCUGCCUGGUCGAGCCCCCAGCAAGCGAGGUGUAGCUAUCCAGUUUGGGCCGGAUGUGACGCAAAAGUUCCUGGAGCUCAACAACUUAGACUACAUCAUCCGUAGUCACGAGGUCAAGCCGCUAGGGUACGAGGAGGCCCACAAUGGGAAGUGUAUCACUGUCUUCUCAGCUCCUAACUACUGUGACCAAAUGGGAAACAAAGGUGCUUUUAUCACACUCAACCCUCCCGACCUGUCUCCAAAGUUCACCACGUAUGACUGUGUGCCUCACCCAAAUGUGAAGCCCAUGGCAUACGCCAACUCCCUGCUGGCAUCUUUCAUGUGAUGACUGUCCAGACCAUAGUUUCUUCGUGUGUUAUGUUAGUUCUGGCUUCUGUUACAGCUUUUCUACUUUUGUUUGUAAUAUACAACAUUUACAAUGUGUCAGAAUUGAAUAAAAGAAUGCAUUUGA